AUGCGGCAUACAUUGUUGUUCAUUUGUAUCACUGUAUUUCUCUUGAUUAUUCAAGCAUCAACACAACAAAAAUCCGAAGCAGCUGAAAGGAAAAGGAUAAGGAAUGAAUUGGAAGCUAAGAAGAAAUUCGAAGCGGCUGAAAGGAAGAGAUUAAGAAAUCAACUGGCACUUUUCAGGAAAUUCGAAACAGCUGAAAUGAAGUUGGUGAAAGAAGAAUUGAUCAGUAUAAAAAAUAUGAUGAAGGGAGAACAAGCUGAAAACAUUAAAACUGUUGAUGACUAUGUCAAUUGUACAGUGAACCGUUGGAUAGCUAAUGUUUUUGAGGAAGAUCGAAUACGAAUCAAUCGUUUUUUGAAGAAUUCAAAUGAAAAAUACAGUAGUUCCAUUGACUACAAGAACUUCGAAGGAUGUUUUGAUGAACAGGAUUAUAAAAUUAAGCUUAAAGCAGGGCUUGGAGCGUUCUACGAAAGUAUGAGAUGUGGACUACGUUCAUCGUUAUUACCGUCAGGUAACAAUUUUUACACUAGAAACUCGUUGUUUCCUCUUGGAAUGCUCAGUGAAUUUCGUUGUCAAGUAAUCAUGGAACUUGAUGUGAAAUGCAACAAUUAGUUCGUUUGUAGUCAAUACGGU